AUGACUGCCACCCUGAACGGGACGUUCAACUCGGCCCCUGACACACCCUCUGCCGUCUACCCCGAUCGUCUGAUUCGGCCACUUCCCCGAAAGACCCUUCGCUCCCGUUUGUCCAUCGACGCCGCCGACACAAUUCUGUACCCACCAACACCACCGGCCUCUCAAAUCUUCUACGGCGUCCCCGGAGACUCGGAAGAGGCGGUCAACGACGCCAAAGUCUACGUACAGCAGACUAUCGAGUCAGACCGGCAUGAACUAACCCCCGAGACCGACACGCACCACGGAUUCGAAACGACAGCUGAAUUUGAAAGUGGGGACGAGGAUGGGCCGCGCUGCAUUUCGAGGUUCAAUGUCACCGGGUUCGAGUACACACCCCAGGGGUAUUCCGGGAAAGACGAAGUCCCCAAAUCUUCAACGGGUCCGGAUGGUUAUGACGCUUUUGAGAACACAAAUAAUAAGAAGAAACGAAAAAUUCCCACGCCGGGGAAUAUGGGGGGCCACCACUCGGCACUGUCCCCGGAGUUUGCGAGUAUGGGGUUGGCCAACUCCAGCCCUGCCCCGGCUGCGGCGAGUGAUGGCAUGGCAACUAGCACAUACUAUGGGAAUGGGAAUCCUGCUUCGCCCCUGGCAAGUGGGAUCUCAGGCUCUGGUCGAGGCAGGUUAGGACGUAGUUCCACGCGGAGCAACUCCGGUCGAAACCCAUUGUCCGCUAAUGCCCAGAAUGCCUGGAUGACCCCUCGUACUCCGAGUCGUCGGGAUGGGUUGAUGUCGUCUCCUGGACCCUCUGGUGAUUCGGACCAAGGAAUCAUUUCCACUGCCAUUGCGAACGCAGCCACCCUUUCCUCUCCGCCCCAGGGUUCAAGUAACGUGAGCCUGCUGGACCAGGAGAAUACUACCCCGACCAAGACCCAAUUCACCUUCACAUGCGAGUCCGACUCUUCCAAAGGCAUGGCCAUGCAGCGAAGUCCGUUUCCUCUGCCCCACCGCUCGUCCACUUCGCCCCUUGCUGCAACCACGCAGAACCCCCGAGGAUUCUCUACACAAGGCACGCAGACAAGCCCGAGCAUGGCCGCACCCCCGGGCACGCAGCCGGCGCCGGGCGAACAAGCACCCGUGGGCCUUAAGAAGAAGCGGUCACCCGGUAGUAUAUACUCGCUGGCAGCGCGUCAGCGCAAAAUCCAGCAACAGUAUACCAACAUCCACCACCCGCCUCGGUUGGAAGAUAUCUGGAUCUGCGAAUUUUGUGAAUAUGAAAGCAUUUUCGGACAUCCUCCCGAGGCAUUGAUUCGACAGUACGAGAUCAAAGACCGCAAAGAGCGAAAGCGGCUUGCGGAGAAGAAGCGGUUAUUGGAAAAGGCCAAGAUGAAGGGCCGAAAGACGAAGAAGGCGACAAAGAACUCGAAAAAUGCUCCAGGUCACCAGAACUAUCAGCAGGGCUAUGACCGUGCCUCGGUCGACCACUCCUCAGCUACUGGAUCUGGUCAUCCGGAUGAUGAUUAUCUUGGACACGAGUAUGAUGAUGAUGAACCCAGCCCGAUCCCCUCGCAUGACCCCGUGUCUCCGGCAGACCUUAAACCACCUCUCCCGCCGUCUGGAAAUUAUCCUAAACUGGCUGCGACGGCGGGGGAUGAUGGGGGCGCUGCAGACGCUGGGGCGAGUCGACCAGCUUGA